AUGGACCGGAGUUUAGAGGAGGCUUGGAAGCAGACAGAUGAUAUUAUUGAGACUGUCCAGCAGCAACCCCCUCCUCUGAGACCCACGUCUUGUGGGGAAAAAUCUCUUCAGGAAAAACUAUAUGAGAUUUAUGUGGAGGAGUGUGGAAAGGAACCAGAAGCAGAGGGCCUUCGAAGCAAUGUCAACUUGCUAAAGAAGCUUAUGAAGAGAGAGCCAUUGCCAUGUUUAGUGGUCAACCUGUACCCAGAAAACCAGGGCUAUUCUCUCAUGCUCAAGGAUAAAGACGGAGUCCUUAUAGAGCCCUUUCCAGGGCCGUAUGUGGGACAGAAAUUGCUUGAAUAUUUGGAUGCUGAAGAGUUACCUUCUUUUUUGAUUGAUAUCCUGGAAAAGUCUGCUGUGAAUGUUUUCCACAAUGGCUGUGUCAUAGCAGAAAUCCGAGACUACAGGCAGUGCGGUGACAUCUAUCCUCCCGAGGAGCCUGCUGCAGAGGCUGCUGUGUCCUCUCCUACGUGCCAAGUUCAGCAUGUUCUCUUACGUCCAACCAUGCAGUCUCUAGUCAGCGAUGUCGAGUCCAUGGCAGGUGACAGCGGUCAGUGGACCCAGGAAGAAAAACUGGAGCUCGAGAGCCAACUGAUCUUAGCUACAGCAGAGCCACUGUGUCUGGAUCCCUCUGUUGCUGUCACCUGCACGGCCAACAAAUUGCUGUUUAAUGAGCAGAAGAUGAACACUGACCCCAUGCCGCAAUGCUUCAAGAGGCAUGCAUGCCCCUCUCUGGAUCAAGAGGAGGUUCCGUCUGGGUGUUCUAGUCCCCCUGACUUCACGACAAUGACUCCUUCCAAAAAGCAGGCAAAAAUAAGUCCAGAUAACCCAUCUGACCUGCAGAUUGAUGAAACAGAAACAUGCAAGCAGAGUCUCUGUGAACCGGCUGUGCCUCCAGAGAUGGACAUUGAGAACUUCAUUAAAGAGUUGCUAUCUCUGCCCUUUGAUGAGGCCGAACCAACCGUCUUGGCAAUUCCUGAGGUAAAAUAUGAUUGUAUGUUUGAUUGUGAGGAUGACAGUCAGCUAUGGGAUAUGAAUCUAGAUAUCAUGAAGUGCCUUAAUACACUUUUCUCUGAGGAAAUAGAGCCACUUCCAGAGGACAAAAGUGAUAACCCCAUGUCACUCCCUCCCAUGCCCCUGGGUGAUAAUUCAGAUGAUUUGCUGACAGGGAUAAACACUGAGCCUAGGAAGACAGUGGGUAUGUGCCAAGAGCCUGUCCAGAGCAAAGCUAGUUGUCCCGACAAGAUGCCACAGGGGUCUAGUAGGUCAGCCUGUCUUCCUCAGCCCGCCCCAGGGAAGAAGCCCAUGGCCAGUUUAGUGCCAUUCUCAGCCUUAGAGAAGGAAAGCAAAACUCCUCUACCAGUGUCACUGGCCCCCAUCUCGAGACAGGGCCCCUCAUCUGUCAGGCCGGUCACACCAAAGGCCAGCCGAGACCCGCCACCUGCUCCUCAAGCAGCCACUGUGGUUCCACAGACCACUGUGGGAAUGAGCAGAGUUAGCACUGUUCCUCCAGCUGUCCAACCCAGUGCUAGGUCAUCAGAAAACAAUUCCAAGAUCCAGCCCCCCACUAGGGCCACUCAUCUGAAUGUGAUCCAUUUUGUAAGGUCUGCUUUGGUGAGUAGUGCAACCCAGGUCCCAAUCCUUCCCGCUAGCACCCCAGCUGCUAAGAGAACCGGUUGUAAUAGCCUUAUUCCAACCAGAGAGCAGCCACCUAGGCCAGCGCAGUGCACUGUGAAGCCACCUAUGCAGCUCAUUAUAAAUAAUACAGCAAAUCCCGUAACUGUAAAGGUUCCCCCUGGCUCUGUCAUUUUGCACCCAGACUCUCAGAAGCCAUCCCAGAGACCACAGCAGUAUCCACAGCAGAUAUUUGUAUUGAUUCCAAAGCAGCAUCAACCACCCAGGGCCCCUGUCCCCCAACAGCCACAGCCAGGGUCAGCAACUUCCUCCCAAGGGUCUAACCCUCAGCAGGUGUCCUUGCCAGCUCAGCAAACUAGCCGCCUUAACACUGAGAGGCCCAGAGUGGUUCAACAGACCCAGACACCUGUGAUGUGUCAGGUGGGCUCCACCCAGCAGAGCCACAGGCAGAAUGUUCCCUCUGCUGCCGUGGUACAGCAAGGGCAGAGGCAGGGGCAGAGGCAGGGGCAGACCCAGAAUGUACAAGUGAGAAUCAUACCACACAUAGUAACUGUGUCCAGAGCAGACAUUCAGUACGCUGUACGUGGGAAUGCAGCUAGCAAACCCAGUGAUAGAGGGGCGGGAGGGCCACCAGCCCCCCCAAGGUCCUGAGUCUUACUUCUCUAUAAAAUGUACCAGCAUUGAGCUAAAUCAUUCCUAGUUUUUAUUUCACUGUUGGUGUUUGGAAUGAGUCAAUAUGUUACAGCUUAAAAUGCAAAAGUAAAAGCUCGAUGCCCAUUGCGUAGAAACAGAGAAGGGAUUUUUAAAACCUAGGGCUGUUUUGCUUGUUUUGCUUCUUGCGUUUGAUAAAGGUGUGUUUAUUGUAGUGUCCCAGUGUGAAUCCACAUCCGAAAUUUGUUAUCUUUAGUAAUUCCAGAUUGUCAUUUAGAUAAACAUUCAAAUGUAGUCACAAGGGGCUGGACAAAUGGCUCCGCGGUUAAGAGUACUUGCCGCCCUUACAAGGGCUGGGGUUUGCUUUCCAGCACCCAUUUCAGUCACCUCCAGCUCCAGAAAUUCUGACAGACACUUUUCUGGCUUCUGAGGAGACACACAUGCAUGUGUCCCUCUCACACAAAUAUAAUUUAAAAAUAAAAUAGCUGAAGUGAUGGCUUUAGUGCUUAAGAAAAUUCGUUGCUUUGCAGAGGAGCGGGGUUUAGUUCUUUGUACUGACAUGGUGGCUCACAACCAACUGUAAGUUUAGUGCCAGGGAAUAUGAUGCCCUCUUCUUAGCUGCAUGGGCACCAGGUA